AUGUACGCUUCCGAUGAAAACAAUAAUAAAACAACAAAUAUCAUAAAUCCAGAAAGCGCUAAUCUAACUGAAAUUGCCGACAGUACAUCAGUAGAAAGCAAUAACAUUUCAGAAUAUGAAAAUGAAAACAAUGACGAUGUAGAAACAGCGACACCACAAGAAUAUGAAGAGAAAGGGAAAAAUGACAACGAUUACGAAAUUGAAUCAGUGACACCCCAUGCGGAGGGGGUAUAUGCUUCAGAUGAGCAACCUGAUCAAGAAGCAGCUGAAGCGAAAAUACGCCAGGAGAGAGAGAAAAUGCGUAAAGGUUUCGUCAAGAAAUGCUUAUACACCAAAUACGUGCGGAUCCAAGAUAAGUACGGCUGUGAGAUGUGCACGUGCAUCUACGAGAAGGCCAUAAUGCUGUGCUCGCCGUUUAAGUGCAAGGACGCCGGGUUACUGGCCAGCGAGGUCGACCCGAGUAUCUAUAAAGAUUAUGUUUUAGGCGUUGCAACGCAUUUUAGUGAAUACAAAUGCGACCCUGGACAGGAGAUUGGAACAAGCAUGGUCUGCUCGUGCAAGUGCGUUCAGCGGGACAUCCUGUCCUGCCCGCCUACGUGCCCAAUCGGCAGACCGCUCAACUAGGGUGCCAGCAUGUUGCUCGAGCGGCGGCCAUGUUAAAAAAAUGCAAACUUUUACCUUUUAACAG